AUGAAUGCGAUCGAAUCUCCCAAACAGUCUCCCGCGCCGAAUGCGCUGGCGCAUUUGACCAGGGUUCCGAUAGCUCAGCUUUCUCCCGACCUUGAGCAAUUGGCCGAAAGUUCUUUUCUUGCCGCUGUAGCCCUGGUAUGGCCAUACUCAUCUUCGACCAAGUCUGUCAGCCUUCUGUUAGCAGAACCGGAUUUCCGCCUGAGGGGCGCCAAAGGACAAAUCAAAGUCACAUUUCAUGGAAACCUCGCAGAAAAGGUCGCAGAAUCACAUGUAGGAAUUGGGGAUGCCAUUUGUCUGGCUUUGAAAAACACCAAGUUUGUUAGCAAUGAAAGUGCCCAGCAAACCCCGGGAAGGUCUGUCGCGUGGGAUGCGCACUAUGAGAACGGCGGGUCUCUCGAGGUCUAUCGAUCUUCCCAAUCCCCGUUGAUGAUAUCCGUUGAGCCUCAAGUGUCAGCGCCGCGUGAAACCGAACUCGCACCGCCUACAACUCCUAGUGGGAAGUUGAUCAAUCCCGAACUCGACCUGCCUUCCAGUGCACGCCCCUGGGGAUCACCGGUAUUCCUCAAGUCUACUCGAACCUCAGUUGGAGGAAUAAUCCGUUCCGCUUUCGACCCUUUCGUGGAAGAAGAUGGAUUUGUGCCAGGGAAAGGAAGGAAAAAGCCGAGGUACAGCUUGCACAGGGAAGACUGGCGUGUUAUCAAUGAACCAGAAAGCCCCCAUGAGCAAGAAGCGUCGGUGGAUUGGGAACAGGCUUUGAAUCAAUCUAUCGACCAAGAGCUCAAGGACGCAGAUUCGGCGAGUGAGCCUCCAGAUGAACCAAUGACGGAUGCUGCCCAAGCUCCAAAACACACAGAGGAUCUACCACAAGAGACACUUCCACUAUUUGCAAAGCCUUCCCUUGAAUUGACCGGGAGUAUCCUUGAAAGACGUGCCGGCGAGUCAAAUGUUUUGUCUCAUGAACAAGUUGAUAUUCAUGGAACACCUUUUCAUCUGCCAACGGAUACACCACAGAUUCGACCCAUCCCUUCUCCGGGGCUCCCGAUACCUUCCCCGCUUACAUCGGAUCAUUCUGGCUCGGCUGGCUAUUUCCUGCCAUGGACCGCACCCACGCAGCCCGAAGACAUCCAAUCUGUUCCUGUGGAAAUGGAGAUCACAGCAACGCCCGCAGAAUCCUCCAUCGAGACUCGUGAUACCGAUGCCAUUGAUCCAAUUCUAAUAGGAACAGCGGAACCAGUUGAUCCGGAUAUUGAAACCAUCCAGCAGGAACAUGUCUUGGAUGCUGGUUUCGUCUUCCGCGAUGAUUCGGCAUCAGUUCCAGGCUCAGAAGGGUUACCAGAAGAGCAGGACGUUGAGACAAUCGACUCCUCCAAAGCUAUUGAUGGAUUAAAUGUCAUCGAAGCUGAUGUGAUCAUCCAUCCCACCGGCGACGAACCUCAAAUAUCAAACGAAGCACAGCAAAAGCGUGCUUUUGAUGAUGAUAAUAUAUCCCACGACCAUCCAGCACCGCAUCUGGACUCGGAAGGCGAACCAAUCGACUCCCCCAAUGUCAGCGAUGAACCAGCUGCCGCUCAACCUGAUACUAGUACCGAAAAUCCGGCCGAUGAAGCUCAAAAAGAUGAUGAAACAGACGAUGAACGUCUCAUUGAUGUCAGUUACCUAUGGCGCGAUGAUUCAGCAUCAUCUUCGCGCUCGGAUGAGGACUCCGAAGAUGAAUCACUUGAAUCCUCACAAGCGAUCGAUGGAUCAGAUAAUCCUCAGGCUGAUCCUGCCAUCGAAACUGCCAACGACAAUGUGGGAUCUUCUCAACAUCCCGGUGGAUCUCAUGACGAGGAACCUACUGAACCAGAGACUCAGUCGGUGAAUUAUCCCCAACCAGCCUCCGCCGUUGAUCAGGAUGCCAUCGAUGCCCUCGGAAGAAUGAUAGCCGUUCGAGAGGAGGAACUUGAAAGGAAGAGAGAUAUGGACGAGGAAAAACAACGCGAAGAUGAUCUCGAUGGUUCAUCUCUGGCCAAAGGGGAUUUCGAUCGGUCACCUGGUCAAGGAUACAGUGAAGAAAAGCAUGAAGUGUUUUAUGCGGAGUCAGUGGAAAAUUACGAUUCACAAAAUGACUAUGAAGAGGAUGAGGACGAUGAUCUCCGUUUUGAUGCUCAUUUGGAAUCACGAUUGGACGAAUAUGACUCCAGCGAUGAAUCCAGUGGUAAAAAUUCCGAGCAGGAACAACAGCAUAUGCCUUCUCAGACGGGAAAGCACGAAGUAAUCGUGCUGGACAGUGACAGUGAUGAUGAGCCUGCCUCCAAUCAUCCGGCAGCCUCAGCUUCCCAGUCAGCAGAGCUUGAUGAUCGCUCAUACCGCUUUGAAUCUGGGCAUCCAGCUGUCCCUUCAGCUACAGACAAUCUGGCAACGGGUGUACAGGAAUCUCCAGAGCCAUGGUAUGUCGAUGGAGAGGGUGGCUAUCACGGAGCUGUGGAAGAAGAUUUCGAUGUUGAUGAGGGCGAGGAAAGCGAAGAAAGCGAAGAGCGCGAAUACAAUCAACAAGAUGACCGAGUUCACCAGAGUGACAUGGAUGAUGACGAGUCGACCCAAGACCACUAUGAAACGGACCAUCCAUCUGAAAUCGCAUCACCAGCCCCUGAGCAGGACGAAGACGAAGAAAUGGAUGGUGUAGAGCCCAUCGAAGGAGCUGAGAACGACGAAUCUUAUGCUGCGACCAAACUUGUCGCACAGGUAGAAGUGGCAGUUGAUCAGGACUCUGACGAGGAGCAAUCGGGCAAUGUUGAUCCAAAUCUUGUUGAUCCAAAUCUGCUUGAUAUGCCUGAAUCUCACCAACAAGGCCCAUCCUCGGAAAGGACAUCACCCAACCCUGAGCAGGACGAAGAUAAAGCAAUGGAAGAUAGGGAGCUCAUCGAAGAAGUCAAGAACGACGAGUCUUAUGCUCCGGCUGAAAUUGGUGCACUGGUAGAAGUGGCAGUUGAUCAGGACGUUGACGAAGAGCCGCCAAGCAAUGCUGAUGCAAACCCAUAUUCGGAAAUGGCAACACCGAACCCUGUGCAGGAUGAAGAUGAAGAAAUGGAUGAUCCAGCACUCAUCGAAAAAGACGAAAAAGACGAGUCUUAUGCUGCGGCCAAACUUGGCGCACAAUUAGAAGUGGCAGCUGACCAGGAUGCUGACGAGGAGGAAGCAAUUGAUCCAAAUUUACUUGAUAUGUCUGAAUCUCAUCAUCGAGGCCCAUCCUCGGAAAUGGAAACCCAUGCUGAGCAGUCUCUCGGUGCGGACCAACACCUUGAUUUCUAUAUUCCUCCAUCUUCGGGAAAUGUUAUGGCUGAUUCUCUGUCAACGCAUGAACCGGCUGUCGAAGGACCUGAGGCCCUUGGCGGUCGAGGCUCCCCGUCAGUUAUGCCUCCGUUUGAGCGACAACUCCUGACCCCAGACCCCACCCAGGAAAAUGCACCCACACGUGAAUUGGAUUAUGAUAUUGAACCUGAAAUUUCAUUCGAAGAAAACGAACCUCCUAGUCUGGAUGAAAUGCCGCAGCCAGCUGGCUCACCGGAGUCCGAGCAAAAUGAUGAUAACGAGGAAGAACUCAUAGAACUCAUACAAAACAUCCAACCGGAAAUGCACGUUGACGGACAUGACGAUGCCGCGGCUCCUUCGGAAUUCGCCGAAGCCGCGGAACCUCCAGCAACGCCCGAACCCAGCCGCUCCGUGGAGGUUGUUAUCAGCACCGAAUCCCCAAGAACACUGGCAGCCCCCGUUGCACAGCCCGCAGUCCCCGACCGUAAUGCCUCUGGACUACGUAGCAAGCUUUCCUACUUCGCCCCGCUUGCUACACUCAUCGAUCAUUACGAUGCUUUGGUCGAUACCAUCUCAAUCGUGCACGAGGCUUCGCCAAUAUCCCGAGCCAAAUCCGGUUCGAAAGACUGGUUCGUCACAAUUCAACUUACCGAUCCCUCCAUGGCUGGCACGACUCUUCGUGCUCAGAUUUUCCGACGCUACAAGGCCUCAAUGCCGUCAUUGGUUGAAGGUACCGCCAUACUCUUACGCGACUUCAAGGUCCGGAGCCUCGAUCACACGGUGAUGCUUGUCAGUGUGGAUUCCAGUGCAUGGGCCGUAUUCGACGGAUCUAGUCCCGAUGCCGAGACGAACGGACCCCCUGUCGAAUAUGGCUCGCAGGAACGUGCCUAUGCGUCUGGACUACGUCGAUGGUAUGAGGAAGUUGGCUCGGAUAGGGUCGCAGACCGUAUGCUCCAGGAAGCUAUCGCAAGAGACAGCCAGGAGCGCGAUGUGACACCAAGCAGUCAAGUGCCAAGCGAGUCAGGGAGCCCGGAUUCCAGGCGAGGCUCCCAGCGUAAGCGCAAAAGCAAUCGCCGAGUCACUAUCCAUGAGCUGCGGGAUGGCACUCGUUAUACCGAGGUCGGGUCCCCAAACAGUCGAAACAGCAGUGUUCACGAGUUACGCGAUGGCACGUUGUAUGCCAAUAUUUGA